AUGGACGUGCCAGGCCGAUCCCCAAAGUUUACGUUUGAGUCCUCGGUGCACUCCAGCCAUGUUCUGCGCUCUCUGGAGGAGCAGAGGCAGCGGGACGUCCUGUGUGACCUGACCCUGCUCACCGCUGAGGGGCAGAGCUUCAGGGCUCACCGCUCCAUCCUGGUCUCCUGCAGUGAAUACUUCUCCCAAAGGAUCCACUCCCUGUCCGGGCAGAAUACUGUCAUCACACUGCCUCCGGAGGUGACAGCUGCAGGUUUUGAGCCAUUGCUAAAAUUUGCCUACACAUCCAAACUUGUUUUUGGCAAAGAAGAUGUUUUAGACAUUAAAACAUCGGUUUCCUCCGUUCCUUCACAUGUGGACGGAAGUACGAGUGGAUGGACGUGUCCCAAGUCCUCUGAAUGCGAGAGAGCGUCGCAAUAUGGGUUUUCCUCUCUAUACUCCGGAGAAGAUUCAGAUAUAGAAGUGGCGGAGGGGUAUUGUGAUGCAUAUGAGCAGGAAAGAGCAAAACAGGUGCAGCUGCCUUAUCCCGUGGACCAGAUGCUGAAGAUGAGUAAGACACAUUUCCAGCAGAUUUUGGACAAAAAUACCUUAUCACAAGAACAGGUAGAACUGGUGCGGGACUUGAGACGCAGAAGCAAAAACCGCCUUGCUGCUCAGCGCUGUCGCAAACGCAAACUCGACUGUAUUUACAACUUACAGUGCGAGAUCAACAAACUGAAAACUGAAAGAGAGAAGUUAAUUCAAGAGAAAAGUCAGCUGAGUGACUUGAGGCUGCAGGCGUGUCACCGUGUCUCAACAAUUUGCCAAAGCGUUUGCGUUGGUUCCAAUCUUCCUCCGGAGCAAAUACAACUAUUAUUCAAAUAUGCAUCGGCUGAAAGGCCUUUGGCCUCCUCCGUCCCCAUCAUUGACUCACUCCUGUCCUCGUCUCAUCCCUCGAACACACAACUGCACCCCAGCGACGCACAAGACGAUUUUGACUGCCCCAGCACAAACAGUAACGACUCGUAA